CACUUGUCAGCUGUGUGACUUAAGGCUGAUGGAGGCGAUGGCAGAGGUGGAUGUCAGCCGGUGGGACGAGAGUACCUGUGGCUGCAAUCUUUGCCAACACCCCCACUGCUGGGAGACCCGCCACAGGAUCGCAAGGGGCCGUCCUCGCCUCCUGAGGGAGCAGCCCUCCCUGGGUCGGUUUCUCACGGAAAAUGAAGUGUCAUCCAGUCCCUUCAUUCUACCUGGAGUGGAGGAUGAACUUCCGACACUGACGAUCACAAACUUCCCCAGCUACUGCUUCCUGGCCAAGGGAGUCUCCCGCCCCACUUUCUCAGCCCUCAACCUCUUCAAGUCUCACCCUUUCUUUUCCUUCUUGAGUGAAAACUUGGAGCAGAACAAGCUUAACUACUAUUUGGAAGGCAGUUUAGAAGAUGUUCAUUUCCCAAAAUACAACUCUCCGAAGGAUUCCCUUGUCUUCUAUGCCCACCAGCAUGCCAUGCACCCUGCUGCCCAGUUAACAGUGCAGAGUCUGAAUGAGACAGCGCUCCCCAAGAGCUUGGAUACUGGGAAUCUGGUUGUUGUGUGGGUUCCAAAUGUGCAGCAAAAGAACCAGAAGCUGGGAAGCCAGAUGGCGUCAGACCUGAGCCAUGUCAGCCAGAAGCAAGUUUCAGAAAUGAAAUCCAGGAAACUCAUUUUGGGCCAAGAAUACAGAUGUGGAGAACUCUCUAAGAAUAAAAAGAAGUCCAAUAAAAGCCCCACUGGUGGCCAGCCGUAUCAAGUUCACUUCACACCGCACCACCUGACAGCAUCUCCCAAAACUUCCCCCUGUGGGGCAGUGAAGCUGGAUCCAUCAUUGGCUGGCUGGGCCCUCCCGCCCCUCUGUGGAACUCUGGCUUCAGGGUCUUUGGCUGGAGAAAGGAAAGCCAGGGCUCCCUGGAAGAUGAAGCUGGAGCCUCUGGGCAGGAUACUUGGAAAGCCGUUGAAGGAGCAUCCAGCCCAGCUGGAGGGCUGUAGAGGGGCUUUACUCAGACAGAAGGAGAAGAUGACUCUCUCUGGAUACAGAAUGACUCUACAGGAUCCCAAGGAGGAGCUUUGGACAUCUCUGAAGAGGAAGUCCAUGAUGGGGCAUCUCAUUUCCUUUGGUGACUCUCCGCAUCCUCCCCUGGGUGGGUCUGAUAGAUUCAAGUGCUCAUCUUGGAAAGGGAAGAAUCAACGUGGUGUCUGGGCCCGGCAGAUGACCAGGCAAGAAGAGGCCCAGAGGGCUCAAAGACCUAGCGAAUUGAAGAUGAGGAGCCUGAAUUUGCAGAUGGGGAAGGUCCGCCAGGCCCUACAGAGAGAUUGGGAAAUGACCAACCCUCCCCACUCACCUCUCACAACCUCUCCGACGCACAACAAGAUGUCAUCGGAACUGGAGGUGGACAAUGCCAUGCUGGCCAGCCCUGAACCAAGACAGGCUGAGCUGCCCUCCUGCAAUGAGACUGAGUCCUGAGUGCACUGUGUGGAGAACGUGGGAUUCAUGCCCUGGAGCUCCAGAGAGUAGGGGAGAGUCUCAUCUCACUCUGGGAUCCUGGCUCUCCCUUUUCCCACCUGGCUCCCCUUUAUCCCACCUGGCUCCCCAUACUCCCUCCUGGCUCCCCCUAGUUCCAACUAGCCCCUGGGCUUGCAGCCCGGAGGAGGGAGGGGCCCCUGAAUCUGGAACAGUUGAUGUUCCCUGGCCCCAGAGUCUUCACCAGGAAUGGCUGUUACAACUCUGUGGGAAUAAAAUGACUACUCAUCA